UCGCAGACCAGGCUGUCUUUCCCCGGCGCAGACAUGGACGGGACGCUUCUCAAGCCCGUCAUAGACUUUGCCGAAAUGAGGCGCCGAGUGGGGUUGAUGCCCGAUCAGGGAGACAUCUUGGACGUCAUCAACCGAUGGCCCGAAGCGGAGCGCGCGCGCGCGUACGCCACCAUUGCGGAGAUUGAAGAACAGGCCCUCCGCGACAUGGCUCUGAUGCCGGGGGCUCUGGAGCUGUGCGGCUUCCUGGACCAGAGAGGGAUACCCAGGGGCCUCAUAACCCGCAAUGUACGGCGUAGCGUGCAGCACUUCCACGACUUUCUGGGCUUGGUGCCGUUCAAGCCCGCCAUCACGCGCGAAUGCGAGUUUCCGUACAAGCCUAGUCCCGCCGCCCUGCAGCAUAUCGCCUCCAGCUGGGGUGUGGAGAUCGGCCAGGUGCUCAUGGUGGGAGAUAGCGUCCAGGAUGACGUGGUGAGCGGCAACCGCGCCGGCGCCAUCACGGUGCUUCUGGAUCACGCAGCUCGCAGAGGUCCCGAGUCCUUCAGUGGAGAGCGGCGGCCCACACAUGUGGUGGGCAGUCUAACGGACUUGCAGGAUCUGUUGGAGACGUCGUACACGCUGCUGCCUCCGCCGUUCCAGAAAGCCACAGUCUUGACCACCCAAGACUAACGUUUGAUGCUGGGUUGGCUAUCAUGAUGCUAUAGGCCAGGGUGACUUCGGUGGGUGUAUGGUGAGCGCAAUAGGCCGAUAGGCGAGGGCAGGGUCCGUGCCGUCGGCAACAUGCCAAUGUGUCAACUUAGGGGUGUUGAGCAGCCGGGUAGGGAGCUCCCUUCUGGAUUGGGAUGGGGACUGAAGAGGAGAGUUUUGGGGGGUUCGUGGAUUUGAGAGCAAGGUUACCUGGACAUCGCCUUGCUGGGUGAGGCCUUGGCUUAUGAUGGCUGGUGUCUAUGCGUUAAGCGAAUCCCCGAUAUCGCCGGAACACCGCCGGAACUCCUCUUAACUCGCCGCCGGGAUCUCUAGCUCAAGAGAUCGCGGUACGAGGAGAAGUAGAUACUGAACCGUUAC